AUGUCGAACUUUCUACCCUACACGCCUAUGCGCUCUCUCAGCCAAGAGCUAGGCAUCAUGUUCGGCUUUAUAGGCUUAUGCAUAGUAACAACAGCCAUAUACGCAUACUUCUGGCACGCCGCUCAACGCCGCAACCACGCUGAAGACCUUGCCUAUCGCAAGACCUUCCACAGCCGCACUGCGCCCCUAGCGGAGAAUAUGAAUAUGAAUAUGAAUAUGAACAUGAACAAAUUCCCAAGUAAACAUUUGCCUUUUGUUACACCUGGCGGAAGUAGUGGUCGCGUUGUGCAGGAGAAGAUGCUGGAUCGGUAUGCGCCGCCGGUCAAUCGGGUUGAGCUGCCUGUUCAUGGGAUUCCGAUGAUGCAAUUGGAUCGUGAGAGAAACAGGAGUCAGGUUCAUUCUGGUGUAGGGCCUAGGCUUGGGCUGGAUUGGCAAAGAGUCAAUUCUAGUCAUGAGGCUCUGUGA